AUGAGCAAUUACGGAACCAUCGCCACCCUGCCUCUCGCACCCGGCACCCCAUCCACCUGCCUCUACUACUACAACCACUACGACUCCGCGAACAGGCCCUUGAUUCUCGAGCCCUCGCAGCAGAACCUCUGGACUUCACCACCCAAUACUUGCGAAUCAAUCGCCCACAUCAUCAACCUGGACGUCGAGGACCUGCUUCGACUCAACCCCAGCCUGGACCGCGACACCUGCGUCAUCGAGCCGGGGCUGAGCUACUGCGCUGCUGCGUCCGAGACGGAGACUAGAACAGAGAUGACGGGCGCUUCGUCUGGCUCGACGUCGUCUGAGUUGCCGAUUUGCUCGUUUGAUCCAAAGAAGGGCGAGUAUGUCUGCCCGCCGGGCUAUUCUCCUGGCAUCGUGCCCAUCCGAAAGCUUGAUAUUCGUCUCACGGUGGGCUUCUUCAAUCCGCAAUUGCAAUGA